AUGAAGAGAUUAAGACUUCGCAAUUCAGAUGAGACAUUGCUUCUACGAAAGUCAGUCUAUGUCCAUUUUCCAGACACAGAGAGGGCAGAAUGGCUCAACAAGACUGUAAAACAGAUGUGGCCUUUUAUUUGCCAGUUUAUUGAGAAACUCUUCCGAGAGACCAUAGAACCAGCAGUAAGAGGAGCAAACAACCACCUCAGUACCUUCAGUUUUACGAAGAUUGAUAUUGGUCAUCAGCCUCUGCGGAUAAAUGGUGUAAAAGUGUACACUGAAAAUGUGGACAAAAGGCAGAUCAUUUUGGAUCUUCAAAUCAGCUUUGUUGGAAACUGUGAAAUUGAUUUGGAGAUCAAGAGAUACUUCUGCAGAGCUGGUGUGAAAAGUAUACAGAUCCAUGGCACUAUGAGGGUUAUCCUGGAACCGUUAAUUGGGGACAUGCCCCUAAUUGGAGCACUAUCUCUUUUUUUCCUUAGGAAGCCUCUUUUGGAAAUUAACUGGACUGGACUGACCAAUCUUCUGGAUGUUCCAGGACUGAAUGGCUUAUCAGAUACAAUCAUAUUGGAUAUAAUAUCCAACUACUUGGUCCUUCCAAAUAGAAUUACAGUCCCCCUUGUCAGUGAAGUGCAGAUUGCUCAGUUGCGGUUUCCUAUACCAAAGGGUGUUCUAAGAAUACACUUUAUUGAAGCUCAGGACCUGGAGGGGAAAGAUACUUACCUAAAAGGGAUUGUCAAAGGAAAGUCAGAUCCUUAUGGAAUCAUCCGUGUAGGCAACCAGAUAUUCCAAAGCAAGGUCAUUAAAGAAAAUCUCAAUCCGAAAUGGAAUGAAGUUUAUGAGGCCUUAGUGUAUGAACAUCCAGGACAGGAGCUAGAGAUCGAGCUCUUUGAUGAAGAUCCUGAUAAAGAUGACUUUCUGGGAAGUUUGAUGAUAGAUUUAAUUGAAGUUGAAAAGGAGCGUCUUCUAGAUGAGUGGUUUACUUUGGAUGAAGUGUCCAAAGGAAAAUUGCAUUUAAAACUGGAAUGGCUCACAUUGAUGCCAACUGCUGAAAAUCUAGACAAGGUGCUAACAAGCAUUAGAGCUGAUAAAGACCAAGCCAACGAUGGGCUUUCUUCUGCAUUGCUUAUUCUCUAUUUGGACUCAGCAAGAAACCUGCCCCAUAAUCCAUUAGAAUUUAACCCUGAUGGCUUGAAGAAGGCUGCUGUUCAGAAAGCCCUAAAGUCAGGAAAGAAAAUGAACAGCAAUCCCAACCCACUUGUUUUGCUGUCAGUUGGACACAAGGCACAGGAGAGUAAGAUUCGAUACAAGACCAAUGAACCAGUAUGGGAGGAAAACUUUACUUUCUUUGUACACAAUCCCAAAAGACAAGAUCUUGAAGUUGAGGUGAGGGACGAGCAGCACCAGUGUUCUUUGGGGAACUUCAAACUGCCUCUAAGCCAGUUGCUAGAGACUGAAGACUUAACUAUGCAUCAGCGGUUCCACCUGAGCAACUCUGGUCCAAACAGCACUAUAAACAUGAAGAUUGCACUCAGGGUCCUUUCUCUUGAAAAGCAAGCAAGAUCUCCAGAUCAUCAACACUCAGCCCAAGUAAAAAGGCCAUCUCUUUCCAAAGAUGCAAGAAAAUCAUCUUUUAAGCCUCAGGUUCCUGUCUCACCACUACCUGAUUCAAAAAAAACUGUUCCAGCUUCCCCAGUGACUGACAGUGAUAAAAAGACUGAUAUAGGUGAAAAAAGUCAGCCUUCCAGUGCCAGCCCGCAGUGGCCAACAGAUCUCAGCCGAAGUUCCUCCAGUCUUCAUGCCUCUAACUUCUCCUACUCUCCCAGCCACCUCUCGGUCAAAGAGCCCACCCCUAGCAUAGCCUCAGACAUAUCUCUGCCCAUCGCCACGCAGGAGCUACGGCAAAGACUACGGCAGCUUGAGAAUGGAACAACUCUGGGUCAGUCUCCAUUAGGACAGAUUCAGCUCACAAUUCGUCAUAGUUCACAAAGAAACAAGCUGAUUGUGGUAGUGCAUUCCUGCAGAAAUCUAAUAGCGUUUUCAGAAGAGGGAUCCGAUCCAUACGUGCGAAUGUAUUUAUUGCCUGAUAAGAGACGAUCGGGAAGAAGAAAAACACAUGUAUCAAAGAAGACAUUAAACCCAGUGUUUGAUCAAAUAUUUGAUUUCAGUGUUUCCCUGCCUGAAGUACAGAGAAGAACACUAGAUGUAGCAGUGAAGAACAGUGGUGGUUUCUUGUCCAAGGAUAAAGGGCUGCUUGGCAAAUUAUUGAUACCUCUGGCAUCUGAAGAACUUGCUAAAGGCUGGACCCAGUGGUAUGAUUUAACAGAAGACGGUACAAGGCCACAGGGUGCAAGUUAG